AGUAGACUGAGGUAGUAAUACUAUGGCAUUCGAUUUGAAUACUAUCUACACUGUGUUGGCACUGGCACUGAGAGGCCUGUCCUAUGUGGGUCGGGUGAGAGCUGGAUACGAGACGACCUUCACCUGUACCYCCAACUGCAUCCCAGGAUGCACCUACACCUGGCUGCUGAAGGGGCGCACUUUCAAUGGGAGUGAGUUGACCUGGACCCCAGACGGUCUGGACCGCAUUGUGGAGCUGCAGUGUACUGCGGUCAACACAGAGAGUGGGAGCUCCAAGGGCAUAACCACAAUCUUGGAGGUGAAAAGCUCAGUGUCAGUGAGGCCCAGCCCACAGCUCCCUCUCCCCGUCCUCAACCAGUCCUUCAGCCUGGACUGUGAYGGCUCCUUCCCAGGCCUGCCAGUGAUUUGGUACAAAGACGGCCAGGUUGUAGCUCCAGACGCCAGGAUAAACCUGUUGGAACACAACACCUSCCUCCACUUCAACUCCCUGCUGCCCUCUGAUGGUGGCUUCUAUCAGUGCGAGGUGACCAUGGCAAACAUGGCUGAAAGCAAGGUCAUAAGCUUGGGCUACCUGCUAAACUGUGAGUAUAAGAUGUAACGCCUACGCUUCAUUUGAGAGAAUCAGUGAAUAUUGGUGAUGCUCUCCAAUUUUCCUUUAAAAAAAUGUAGAGGCAAAGCUAUUUUGCUGACAUUUUCUUCCUUUGCUGACCGUUGAUCAUUGGAGUGUUAGUAUCAGUGGCCCUGGCACAGUGUUGCCUGGGAGGGAAUACAUCCUUACCUGCAAGGUGAACUGCACUGUCGACUGCUCCAUCCGCUGGCCGUUGAGGGGGGGUAUCCUCACUAGCACCUACCUCUCCGUGAACAGGAACAUCCUGAAAUGGAUCCCGUCGGUACCUGGUACGGUCCAGAACUUCACCUGUGUGGUGAAGAACACAGCAGCUGGAUGCUCUGCAGAGGCCUCCAAGACAGUGAAGGUCACAGGUAGUYACUCCUGUUUUAUUGUWUGAUAAAAUGAAGCUACACUGCAGAAUCAAUUCUUGCAAUGGCAGUUUUGUGAUUGUAGUUUGAGGGUUCUUUAGAUUGUGAAUAGAUGACUCUCCAGACAAACCCUGGAUGGAGACUGAUUACUCUUUGGCAGAUUUAAUGAUGAACUGACCACAUUCAUUCAGCCAUGCAUAAAGGUAGAUAAUCAAUUACUAUCAUAAUUCCAAAGAACUGAUUCACCAUAUUGUAAAACUACACUAUACUUCGACUUAUAUAAUAAUAUCCCUCAUAAAAUAUUCCUACACUAUUAUCACCAAGUUAUCAUGAUACAAAAUGUAUUAACUCAUGCUUAACCCCAGUUGUAGGUACUGUUAAAUCUAAAUA